GGCGAGUCACGCGCGCUUCUGCUCGUGAUCUGUCACUCAACUGGGUAAUAACCGAUAGUGUACUAGAUCCGCAAGUACCUCGGUCUACUCAUAGUUAACAAAUUAAGCGCACUGUACAGUGCCUCGGAUUUUCAAUUUGCGGAGAGAUCAACAUUUCCCAUUUGUGGUAUCUUUCACAAGCUAAUACAGACACUGGCCGUUGCAGUGAUUAUAAAUUAUGGAUAGUUUCUCCAGAUUUCUAGAAUUGAAAUUAUUUAAAAUAUCACUGACAUCAGUAACAAUUUAAAUUAUAAAUAUUAAAUUUGUUAUAUUAGUAGAAUUAAUAUAUUACUGUUAUUAUGGAUAGACUCAAUCAAUUAUCUGGACAAUUAAGUCCAUCAUCUAAGCAAGCUCUUUUACAAAAGAAUCCUGAUGAUGUUGUUAUUGUUGGUGCUUAUAGAAGUGCUUUAACUAAAGGUGGUAAAGGUGGAUUUAAAGAUGUUGGAUCUGAUUAUCUUUUAGCUACCUUUUUAAAGGAAUUUGUUAAAAAGACUGGAGUUGAUCCAAAUUUAAUUGAAGAUGUUGCCGUUGGUAAUGUUUUAAAUAAGGGAGCUGGUGCCACUGAACAUAGAGCUGCUUCAUUAGCUUCAGGUAUUCCUCAUACUGCUGGUUUUGUUGCCAUUAAUAGAUUUUGUUCUUCAGGUUUAAUGGCCAUUGCUGAUAUUGCCAAUAAAAUUACUGCUGGAGAAAUUGAUUGUGGGGUUGCAUCAGGAGUUGAAUCAAUGUCUGCUAAUUAUGGUCCUCAAUCUCUUGCUAAAAUUGAUGUUCAUUAUCAAGAAGAUCCUGCUUUUGAAAAAUGUAUGAUUCCUAUGGGAAUUACUAAUGAAAAUGUAGCUGCUAAAUUUAAUGUUAGUAGAAAAGUUCAAGAUGAAUUUGCUGCUGAAUCUUAUCAAAAGGCUGAAGCUGCUGUUGCUUCUGGUAAAUUUAAAGAUGAAAUUUUACCACUUGAAUCAUUCCUUGCUGAAGAAGAUGAUGAUGAUAAUGUUACUUAUAAGAAGAUUAUUGUUGAUACUGAUGAAGGUCCAAGAAAGGGUGUAACUGCUGCUUCAUUAGGUAAAAUAAGACCAGCAUUUUCUGCUGAUGGUGUUACAACUGCUGGUAAUGCUUCACAAAUUUCUGAUGGUGUAGCUGCUGUUUUAUUAAUGAGAAGAUCUUUAGCUGAAAAGAAUGGUUAUAAGAUUGAAGGUAAAUUUGUUUUAUGUACAUCAGUUGGUGUUCCACCAGAAAUUAUGGGAAUUGGUCCAUCUGUUGCUAUUCCAAAAGUUUUGAAAAAGACUGGUUUAACCAUUGAUGAUAUUUCUGUAUUUGAAAUUAAUGAAGCCUUUGCUGCUCAAUGUCUUUAUUCUGCUCAAGCUUGUAAUAUUCCACCAUCAAAAUUAAAUAUUAAUGGUGGUGCCAUUGCUAUUGGUCAUCCAUUAGGUUGUACUGGUGCUAGACAAUAUGCAACUAUUUUAAGAUUAUUAAAGAAGGGUGAAUUUGGUUUAACUUCGAUGUGUAUCGGUACAGGUAUGGGUGCAGCAUCUAUCUUGAUUAAGGAAUAGGUUAGAUUAUAUUAUAUUAAUACCAUUUAUCACUAUAACUAUUACUAUAUAGGUACUUAUUUAUUUUGUCAUGAAGACACAUAACUAACUAGUUAAAUAAACA